CGCUCCAGGCAGUAUUUCGGUCAGUCCUCCAAAGCUUCCCUUCUUUUUAUCCCCCCUCUCAGUUAAAGUAACCUUGUUCCAAAUUUCCCUUUCAUCUUCUUCUCUUCAUUGGAGAUUUAACAAAUUGGUCGCACUGUCCUUUGGCUGACAAGGCUCACGAAUAUUAGUUUCCCCAUUUCAAUCAGAAGUUCAGUGUCGUCUAAACGUUCAUCCUGAUUGCAAUGACCUCUUCGGCACUGGCUGAGCAGCCAUUUCCCUCCACCCCAGUGUCCAUGUCGUUUGCUGUAACUCCGGAAUUAUCCCCGUUAACUACUGGACGAGGAGGAUCAACAUCGAUUCCACUGACUCCCGAAAUAGUAGAAGCUGGCUCACCAGCCAUUUCUUCCAAGCGUGAGGAUUUUCAUAAACGAUGGCAGCUUUUUGACGCUCGCAUCGAACAUCGUUUGGACGAGGUUUCGUCUCUGCUCAAGCCUUCAACUUAUUACAGUGAGCCUACAUAUGCUACAAACUUGCCACUUCCUCAUAGUACUAGCGCUGUCCCAUUCACUGUGAGCGAUGAGAAUUGUCUCUCACUUGAUGAAUUGAAGCGUCUAAGUCGAUCCAGCAAGCACUCUGAAUCACUUUAUCCAACGAAAUCUCGUCAAGGACAGGCCAAUUCGGAUGGCGCUUCACAAUCCAAGAAAAUUACCCUUCGAUCUGCCAAAGAGAUUAUGGCAGCUGACAAACGUACCGGGACCAAAAGCAAUGAAGAAAAUGAAUCCUCCAAGCCAAAAGCGAGUGGCAAAACUCCAGAGGGCCAAAGUGAUGCUGAUCAUGAAGCAUCUGCUAUGCUGGAGAUAUUGAAUGAAAUCCAAUCAGUAGGAAAUUCCGCCGUUGGUGCCAAUGGAAAGUCCGCCCCCGGUACUCAAAAGCCAUCUGGCCUCGGAUUAAUGUCUUCAGUAGAAACUUCUACAAAGUCAUCCUCAACCAAGGUUUCCACUCCCACCAUGCCUUCUAGUUUCAAACGCAGUAAGACGUCAUCUUCUGAAAAGUUAGCCCAUGCGCCUACCCCUCAGUUGGGAAGCUAUGGAAGCAUGUCUCCUCGACUACCCAAAAAGGAUCACUUAAAGUCGAACGAUAACUCAAGCACUCGUUCGAAGCACUCACCUCCCAAAGGUGAACCUAAAAUUGAUUUUGCGUUACUUAAAACGCUUUUGAAGGAUGAGACUCAACAAGACUGGUCACUUCCUGUGAUGCAUGGGAAGUCUGUGAAAUCUCAUGGUCCUAGAUCUGCAUCACCACCCCGUAAUGGUGUCAAGUCUUCUAAAAGUGACACAAAACCGACUUUAAAGGCAGCCAUGGCUGCAGUAGAUACGCCUGGCAAACGAAAAUCCUCCAAGGAAAACAUAUCCACAACCUCACCAAAGGAUAAGAUGGAUGGGCUACCACGGCCAAUUCUGCGAGUUCAUUUAGCUUUACUUCCUGACUUUAACCCUGCUUCAAAUUCAAAACCAGAUGAAGCAGGCGAGAGCUCAAAGCAAACAAGAGAUACAUCUCAACCAUCGGCAACAAAGAAGCGGAAAGUGAAGGAUGCAAAGAAAGAGGUGGCCGAACCCAAUCAUGCCAACAGUUCUAUGGAGGUUGAUCAAGGCGAGAGUGUUGAAAUGCAAACGCAGUCUGUCAAUGCCACCAAACACACCAGCCAAGACAUUAAUAAUAAUGAGGUCGAAGAAGGUGAAGCAUUAAGCAAUGGCAGUAGUCCAACGGUGGUGGCACCAGGCGAGAAGCCAACAGCGACUGGUCGCUCCGAAGCCAAUUCACCUAAAGUGUCCUCGAGGACAAAGACAUAUCGAUCUUCAUCUACGUCAACAUCUCCUGACCGCAAAGGUAGCUCCCGUAGCAAGGACCAACGCUCCAAAUCUCCCAAUCGCAGAGACAAACGAAGGCAGCGCAGUCGGUCAUCAGAACGCAGGUCCAAACAAGACACUAGGGAUAGUAGAAGCGGUAGCUAUGAUAGAGGUAGCAAGAGGAAUAGACGACGGUCAUCUUCGACGGUUCGUCGAAGGUCGCGUACACCUGAGCGACAUCGAUCUCGUUCAUCAGGAAGACAUAGGUCAAGAUCCGUUGAACGACGCAGAGGUAGAUCAAGGUCACGGUCAUAUGAGCGAUAUUCUCGAUCCGGUUCACGAGAUCGGAGACGAAGCGAUAGCUCCGAGAAGUUAUCGGAUGACCGACGUACCGGCUCACUGAGGGACAAGGAUCGACGAAGAGCAACGCAAUCCCAUCGUCGAUCACGGUCUAGAGAUUGGGAGCAUGAUGCUACCGAAACAUCAGUAUCCAGUAAACCACGCGAAGACUCGAAGCCCAGCACAAAAGAUAGAAAUAGAAACGUUGAACCAGCAGCUUCCAAAAUAGGCUCUGGCUCAAAGCUGGCCACUUCUGCUAAGCCUUCUGCUAUCAAUUCGACAAAGACCACCACACCCUUAGCGCCUCGUAAGGAUAAUGUUGAGCAACUCAAGGUUCCGAGAGUUGGCGCUACAGUACAAACGAAGCGCAGACCAAUCUUGCCAAACCCAGGAUGGAGAACCAGCUGGUAUUGCAGAAUACUUACACUCCAUCUUCAACUAUAUUCUGUCAUAUCAUUUCAAUGACAAAUUUGAUACAUCUGAGAAUUCAUUUGUUCGAUGGGAAAAUUUGCAGCCACUAUUGAAGUUUGUAUCGCAAACACUCAAGAAACGGGAAGAAUGGCAUUUAUAUGGCCUCUGCAUGAAAGUGAACGCGUUGAUCAAUUUUAAUGC